UUUACUUUUUUAUGUAUGAUUAUUGCCCUGUCCUACACGGUAAGACUUUUCUUAGUCUAUCUGAUCAUAGUGAGAAUCCACUAUGAAUUCCAAGCCUCUCAUUUUCUUAGCGUAAGAGUUCAUCAUUUCUUUGUAGGUGGAGCUUUCCUCGAGGUCUCACUCGAAGUGCUGUCUGGUAGGAUCCAUUCCAUCAUUGGCUUCGUUCGUCGGAGCAAAGUAGAUCCUCGGCUGCUCAACAAGUUGGAGAUCAUGUUAUUGUCUGUUAAAGGAGUCCUGAAUGAUGCUGAGAAGAAGCAAGUCACUGACUCAGCCGUCAGACAGUGGCUUCAAAAGCUCAACGAUGCAAUCCAUGAUGCUGAGGACUUGGUGGAUGAGAUUAACACUGAAGCUUUGCGAUGCCAGAUUGAAGGUAAUCACUCUCAGUCUUCAAGAACCGGUGCAUUCUUGUUUAAGGUAUGCAACUUCUUCUUAUCUAGACUAAACGUUAAGGAUGUAGAACAUAGGAUAAAGAACAUCCUUAACACACUUGAAUAUAUUGUGGAAAAAAAGAAACACCUAGGUUUGAGUGAAGGUGUCGAACCUAUUACAUCUUUUCGAAGAUCAUGUGCAACUGCUUUGGUGGAAGAAUCUGAUAUCUAUGGGAGGGAUGCUGAUAAGCAAGCCAUCAUUGACUUUUUGUUAUCUGAAGCCAGUGAGAAAUUAUCUGUAAUUCCCAUUGUAGGUAUGGGUGGAAUUGGCAAAACCACCCUUGCACAGCUUGUUUACCAGGAAAUUGAUGAUAAGGUCAUGGAGAAACCUUUUGAAAACAAGGCAUGGAUUACGGUGUCCGAAGAAUCUGAUGUAUUCAGACUAACAAAAAAAAUUUAUGAGGCAGUCACUAAUUCAGCAAAUUCUACUUUCAAGGAGACAUUUCAACUUCAACUUAAAUUGAAGGAGCUUUUAGAUAGCAAAAAAUUCCUCUUGGUUCUUGACGAUGUGUGGAACGUGGAUUAUAGACGGUGGUGCGACUUGAGAAGUUCAUUUGAAUCUCUUGCACAUGGGAGUAAGAUCAUUGUGACAACACGCAAUACUAAAGUUGCAUCGGAUUUAGGUACUGUGCCCAAGCAUGAUCUGCAAAUACUAUCAGUGGAAGAUUGUUGGAAAUUGUUUAAAAAGCAUGCCUUUGAUAAUGUAGAUCCAAGUGCUAAUCUAGAUUUGGAAGUAAUUGGUAGACAAAUUGUUCAAAAAUGCAAUGGUCUUCCUUUAGCGGUCAAAUCACUUGGUAGUCUUUUGCACUCCGUACAAGAUCUCAAGGACUGGGAAAAUGUACUUAAAAAUGAUAUAUGGGAUUUGCCUGAGUGCGAUAUUCUUCCAGCUCUAUGGUUGAGCUAUAACUAUUUGCCUUCGCAUUUGAAGCGAUGUUUUGCUUACUGCUCCAUUUUCCCAAAAGAUUAUGUAAUUGAAAAGAAAAAAUUAAUUUUAUUAUGGAUGGCACAAGAUCUUUUGCAACCACAUAAAAGAAAAAUACCAGAAGAAGUUGGAAAAGAAUAUUUUGAUCAUCUUGUAUCAAGAUCAUUUUUUAAUUAUAACGGAAAUGGAGAAUUUACUACCAUGCAUGAUCUUGUGAAUGAUUUGGCAAUGUUUGUUUCAGGAAAAUGUUGUCUGAGGUUGGAAGAUAAUAACUCAGAUGUCCCUAUCAAGGAGACUCGUCAUUUCUCAUAUUUGGGUUGCAGUACCUAUGGUGAAAAGAAUAUAAAGGAUUUAUAUGAAAACAAAGUAUUGCGCACUCUAAUAAAUUUGGAGACUCACAAAGUUAGUGUAAGAGACACUACACAGAAUUUUGAACAUUUGCAAUCAAUGCAAUUCUUAAGAGUACUUUCUUUGUCUAAACGAAUAUUGAGGAUUGAAGUUCCACGCAUGAAAUUAAAUUCAAUUGGCAAUUUGAAGCUCUUGAGAUAUUUGGAUUUAUCUUAUUUUAAAGUUGAAGAAAUACCUGAUUCAAUUGGUACUCUAUAUAAUUUGCAAACAUUCUUGUUACGGUUCUGUUGUGGGUUUACUUCGUUGCCGGAUUCAGUUGGCAAUUUGAAGCAUUUAAGAUACUUGGACUUAAGUCGUACUCCAAUUGAAAGAUUACCUGACACAAUAUGCCAAUUGCAUGAGUUGCAUACGCUGAUAUUACGUGGAUGCUGGAAAUUUACUCAUUUACCAACCAACACUGCAACUUUAGUCAACUUGCGCAAUCUUGACAUUAAUUGGACAAUGUUAACAGAGAUGCCAACGCAAAUGUCCAACUUGAACAAUCUGCAAACAUUAACAAAUUUUAUUGUUGGCAAAAAUACAGGAUCCAAUAUUAUGGAGUUGGGAAAGCUUAAAGACCUACAUGGUUGUCUUAGAAUUUCUGGACUUGAGAAUAUAUUAAAUGUGGAAGAUGUUUAUUCUGAGGCAAAUUUGAUAGAUAAAAAGAAUAUUACUGAAUUGGAAUUAAAAUGGAAUGGUUAUAUUGAUGAUUCGCAAAAAGGCCAGAUGGUUCUUGACAGACUUCGACCUCAUUCUGAUCUUGAGGUACUAAGUAUUGAAAAUUAUGGAGGUACAAGGUUCUCGGAUUGGGUUGGACAUCCUUCAUUUUCUUGUAUGAAAAGUGUGAAGCUUGUUGGUUGUGAAAACUGUUACAUGGUGCCUCCACUGGGACAGCUACCUUCUCUGGAACACCUUGAGAUUAAGAGAUUGGAUAAGUUGCGGAGGAUAGGGGAUGAAUUUUAUAGUGACAGCUCUUCUUGUUCUCUGAUCACUAAGCCAUUCAAGUCUUUGAAAAGUUUAAAAAUUUCAAGCAUGGCAGAGUGGGAGGAGUGGGCAUUGGUAGAAGUGGAUGGCGGGGUUUUCACUGACUUGAAGGAGCUUUGGUUGUGGGAUUGUCCGAAGCUAAAAGGGUCAUGCUUACCUGAUUAUCUUCCAUCAUUGGAAACUCUUAAAAUACGGAAAAGUACCCAGCUGGUGGCAUCACUCUCAAGGUGUCGAUAUCCAUCGCUUCAUUUAUUGGGAAUAGAGAAUUGUCCCAAAAUGAAGACAUUUCCAGGAGCUAUAAUAUUGCCGUCCGAAAUACAAAGGAUUAAAAUUGACGAUUGUGCUGAGCUGGUGUCACUUUCGGAAGAGGGAUGGCCAGCAAAUUUAAAAUCACUUGAAAUUGAGAAUUGUCAGCACACCAUGCAGUGGAAUCUGGGAAUGCUCACCUCCCUUACGUCCUUAGAUAUUGGGUCCAUAUUUGAAGAAAUGGAAGCAUUUCCAAAGGAGGAAGGGCAACUUCCCACCACUCUUACAUCUCUUUCGCUUUUUGCUCUUAAUGCACUGAAAUCCCUGAAUGGCAGUGCCCUUCAACGCCUCACCUCCCUUCAAUAUUUGUCCAUCUUUGGAUGCGAUCACAUCCAGUGCUUGCCACAACAAGGGCUGCCCACCACUCUCACUUCUCUUGGUCUAUGGUCUCUUCCAAACCUGAAAUCUCUUAACGGAGACACGUUUCGACAUCUCACCUCCCUUCAAUAUUUGACCAUUCAAGAUUGCCCACAGCUCCAUUGCUUGCCACGAGAAAGGUUGCCUGAGUCUCUUUCGAAGUUGGACAUCAGGAGAUGUCCAUUGCUAAAGCCACGGUGCCAGAGAGGGACAGGGGAAGAUUGGCCUUACAUCCGUCACAUCCCUCGCAUAACCAUAGAUUUCGAAGACAUAUGAUUGAUCAUGUAAGGAAUUUACGGGGUGUUAAAAGCAUAUUACGGCAAGCUAAAUACUGCAAAUUGUAAAAUAACUCCACCUAUUUGUAAGAUCUGCUUCUCUGUAUCUUGUACUCUGCCUUUCUCUCAUUAGAAUUUUGGCUGCAACUGGCAUAUCCUCAUCGACUUGAUUAUUUACUUCAUCUUCGUUAAGAGUUUUAUUCUUCCAUAGUAUGGUCCUGUUUGGUGCCCCUUUCCUCUUAUCAACUCUUGCUGUUGCUUCUGACCCUCAUUCUAAAUCUAACUCCAGGAUUUUUAUUUCCUGUGUAAGAUCAAUGUGUUGCCCCAUUACUUUGAUUAAUUCUUUACGGGGCUGCAAUUUCCAGUACACUUUUUGUUUGGUUUGGACUGUUGUGUCAUCAAUCACAAUACCAAGCUUCUUACCAUGACUGUUUCUCAUCAACUUCUCAUUAAGUGUAGCACUUUCUUGAUUGUUUAUUGAAUUUGAGUAUUGGAGUAUCUGGUGCACACACAUAAGUCUAAGCCCAUUGAAUGGCUAAUAGAGGUUAUUUAUGUAAACAACAUACUGUAAAACUUCUAAUUCUGUCAUUUCUUUCUUUGUGUCUUCUUCUUUGUCAACUUUGUUUUUGAGGUGGUCAAACAAUGAGCAGAGAUUCAAAUUUUUUGCGUAUCCAUUUUCAAUUUAAAACUCUGUUUUAUUUUUAAUUAUCAACAUGUUUUGAUUUUCUGGGUUAAAAACUUCCAAUUAAUGGGUAAUUGGUAUUUUCAACACAAAAGAAAUUGGAAAGGGGUACAUAUCUUCUAUAAGAGCAAAAUACAUUUUAACACUAAGAAUGGGUUACUUUGUUUUCUUAAUCGUUAAUAAAUUAGUGUUUUUUCUUUUCAUUAAAUUGGUUUCUUCCAAACACAGCCUAGUUAGUUUUCCUUAAAAAAUUUUACAAAUCAGCAAAGAUGCACUUUAUUACAUCACCUUUGUCAUCACUCACCGUGCUCGCAAGUUCUUAGCAAACCACCCGUUCUCACCACCCUCUUUGACUUCAUCUCUUGCGACUUACUGGAUGAUUGCACAUGCAUCUAGAGUCAUGACUUGUGAUAAGCUUUCAUUUCCAAGUUCUCUCAGAUUGUAGCUAUAUUUUUGAAAGCAAAGUUAAUUGAAAAACAUUAAGCUUUUAGGUUUUGAAAUAAAGUUCUAGCCUACUUGACCAUUUGGUCAGUUUUAGAUAAUUGAUUUUAGCUACUACAACCUGUUAAUUGUUUCAAUCCCACCACACUUUGGUUCCGUCUGACAAGCUCCCUUUUUUUCUCUGAUGUUCACGAGUGGCUCUGAUAUAUUGCAUUCAGCAUCCCAUUCACACCCUUUUUAAUUAUGUCAAAUAUUUAAAUUUUGAGUGAUUGACUUUGCUAAUUCAUCCUUCUAACAAAAACCAUAUAUUUCACACAAAUGAAAUUAUAUAUAUAACACCACCAAUCUAAGACACUGGAUA